AAUUAUUUUAUGUUAUCGAACUGCCGCCAUUUCGCGACAUAUUUGAAAUAAUUUUACAAGACUACCCUAUUUUAUGCAAAUACAUUUUCAAUUCUUGUUUUGACAUGAGAACUUAACUCAGAACUCAUUAUUUUUUAAUUCUAACUAAUUCUAUUCUUAUCUUCUAAUUUCAUUUUUCUAUUUAGUAGUAACUAAAUUCUAAUUCCAAUGUAUACAAAGUUAAGUGACAGCAAAAUGGUGUUUGAUCUCAACUGUUUUAGGAAGUUAUUUGACUGCCAGUGCUGCUGGCGAGUCGGCGAGAUGCACACAGCCACUGCAGAUGGACAGUUCCGGAGUACCAACGGUGCCACACACGGACGUGACAAGGUCGCCAUAUUGGAUGCUGGUUCUCAAUAUGGAAAGGUAAUAGACCGUCGUAUCCGCGAGCUAUGUGUGGAGUCGGACAUCUUGCCGCUGGACACGCCAGCCUACCACCUCAAGGAGGCUGGGUACCGCGCCAUCGUCAUCUCUGGCGGACCCAACUCUGUCUAUGCUGAAGAUGCGCCGAGAUACGACUCCGAUAUAUUCAAGAUCGGCUUGCCGGUGUUAGGUAUAUGCUACGGCAUGCAGAUGUUGAACAAGGAGUUCGGAGGCUCGGUGCUGCGCAAGGAGGCGCGCGAGGAUGGCCAGUACGAGGUCGAAGUGGAAACCACAUGCCCAUUGUUCAAUCGCCUUGAGAAGCUCCAACCAGUGCUGCUGACACACGGGGACAGCGUGCAGAAGGUCGGCGAGAGAUUCCGCGUCGGCGCCCAGUCCUCAAACCAUCUCAUUGCUGCUAUAUACAAUGAACAAAUGCGAUUAUAUGGCGUGCAGUUUCAUCCUGAGGUGGACCUAACGCCGAAAGGCAAGCAGAUGCUAUCAAACUUUUUGUUUGACAUCGCGGGCCUGUCGCGCUCCUUCACGCUGCGGUCACGUCGUGAAGCCUGCAUACACUAUAUACGGGAGACUGUUGGUGACAAUAAAGUUCUUGUGUUAGUUAGCGGUGGCGUGGACUCCACAGUAUGCGCGGCCUUACUAAGAACCGCUCUCCGCGAAGACCAGGUCAUUGCUCUACAUAUUGACAAUGGUUUCAUGCGUAAGAACGAGAGUGCUAAGGUGGAGCGGUGUCUCAGAGAGCUCGGCGUGCGCUUACAUGUCGUCAACGCCGCUCAUCAGUUCCGACAGGGCAGCACGGUGGUGCGCGAGGCGGGCGGGCGCGCGCGCCACACGGGCCUGCUGUGCCACACGGCGGCGCCGGAGGACAAACGGAAGAUCAUCGGGGACGUCUUCAUACGCAUCGCUGAGCAGGCCGUGCACGACCUCAACCUGCAGGAAGACCAAGUACUGCUAGGCCAGGGUACACUACGGCCGGACCUGAUAGAGUCUGCGUCCUCGCUGUGCUCGACCAACGCGGCCACCAUCAAGACGCACCACAACGAUACAGAGCUCGUGCGGGCGCUGCGUCAGAGGGGACGCGUUGUCGAACCACUGCGGGACUUCCAUAAGGAUGAGGUGCGUGCGCUAGGGCUGGAGCUGGGUCUGCCGAGUGCGCUGGUGGAGCGCCAGCCCUUCCCGGGCCCCGGCCUCGCCGUGCGCGUGCUCUGUCAGGACGAACCAUACGCCGAGCGGGACUUCGCGGAGACACAGGUGAUAGUAAAAAUAAUGGUGGAGUACGCGUCGAUGUGCGUGAAGUCGCACGCGCUACUGGGCCGCGUGGCCAACGCGAGUACUGCGGCGGAGCAGGCCGAGCUCAAGCGGAUCUCCUCCAAGUCGCCCGUCGCCGCCACGCUGCUGCCUGUCAGAUCGGUUGGAGUACAAGGUGACGGCAGAACGUAUAGUUACGCGGUAGCACUAUCGACGGAGCGCUACCCGCCUGACUGGAAGGACAUGCACUACCUCGCCAAACUCAUACCUCGUGUAUGCCAUAAUGUUAACAGGGUUUGCUACGCUUUCGGAGGAUUAAUCAAGGAGCAAGUGACAGACAUCACGCCCACCUUUCUCACACAACAAGUUAUCUCAACCUUACGCCAGGCAGAUGAUCUUGCCACACAGGUGUUAGUAUCAAGCGGGUAUGCAUCCCGUAUAGCCCAGAUGCCGGUGGUGAUGAUCCCGAUCCACUUCGACCGCGACGCGGCCGUGCGCGCCGCCUCGUGCCAGCGCUCGCUCGUGCUGCGCCCCUUCAUCACGUCCGACUUCAUGACCGGCAUCGCCGCGCUGCCAGGCUCCGAUGCUAUGCCGCAAGAUGUCGUAGACAGAAUGCGCAAGGAGUUGCUGAGCGUGCCCGGCAUUUCGCGCGUGCUAUACGACUUAACCCCGAAGCCGCCCGCCACUACAGAAUGGGAAUGAUCACCACGGCCCACACACUUUUAUAUAUUUUUUUACUGAACGAACGCACCCACGGGCGGUGGCCGCGGCCUUAUUGUUUUAUUUGAUGGAAGGCAUCAGCAACAUUGUGAAGGCAACUACGAACUCGACUAUACACAAACACUAUCGUUAUUUAAAUAAACUAAACGAUUCUAGACUUGUACUAUUUACUCAAGUGCCUAUAAUAAUUAGUGUGAUGUCGAUCUCGUGAGUUGUCAUUUCCCACACCUCCCGUUUUCAUAGGGCCCUUUUCGCACAUUCCGGCAGCAGGGACACGGCGGCAUAAUUUAUAACUAUGUACGUUAGCUGACUCAAUCGUCAGUACAAACGUUCAUUUGGCGCCGGAUAUCCGGCAACGGGAACGCGUGUGAAUAGGCACUUUCCAAUCUCUUCCUCAUGAGAUCGAUCCUAACGCUUCAGUUGUUAGUUUUUAACCGUUUACUAUCGAGAAUAUAAAUGGCUCACGUUUUUAUAUUAAACUAUUUUGGGUUGACCAUAACGUUGAUUUUAUUUUGUUUAUUAGUGUUUUAGCUAUAUCGAGUUUUAAUUUAUCAUUUCUAAGUUUCAAUGGUCGCGCCGCUGCCCGAUAUAAAGAAGUUUUUGUAAAUACAUUGGUGUCACAUGUUAUAAUAUUAGCUCCACUGAUCAGUUUUGUAACAUGUAGUAAUUUAUUGUCAAAGGCUGUGUAAAAAUUUAUAAAAAAGCCCAGAAAUGUUCCGCGCGACAAGAUAAUUAUAAAUGGAUCUUGUAUGAAAUCGAAGACACAUUGUGUUUUAUGGAAUGGUUCAGUGUUAUUGACUGGAAGUUUCAUAAUAAAAAUUAUAUUAUGCUUUAUUUUCA